UAUAAAUGGAUAUAAUGGAUAAGAGGGGAUAAAUCAUUAUAACAGUUGAAUAUAUGUUUAUGUAGUAACAUGUGUAUUGAGAAUGUAGUUGAUCAUAAUUAUCUUAUCAAUUAUGUAUUAAAUUUCUAAAAAUUUCAUGUAAACUUAAAAAUUAUUUUAUGGAUAUAUCCAUUGAAAUAUUUUGACAAACUAUUUUAAAUUUAGACUAAUAAUGUGAAUUAAGAAUAAUGCAGUGUCAAUGUGAAGAUUUUAAUACUCCAUGUCUAUUAGUACAUGGUAGUACUGAAAAUUUUGAUGAUGGGCUAAUCGUUGAAAAAAUGGCAAGUUGUAAAAAAGCAGCAUCUGCUGGAUAUCAAAGUCUGUUAAGUGGCGCAAAUUCUAUAAAAGCUGUAGAGACUACAUUGUGGUGGUUAGAAUGUGAUGAAUUCUUCAAUUGUGGUUAUGGGUCGGUUUUAAAUAAUAUAGGAAAUAUACAAAUGGAUGCAUGCAUAAUAGAUGGCUUUAAGUUAGAGUGUGGAUCUGUGGCAGCAGUGUCAGAUAUAGAGCAUCCAAUAUCGCUUGCUAGAUAUGUUCUCGAUAAUUUUCCCAACUCUAUCAUAGUAGGGGAAGGUGCAAGAAAAUUAGCAGAAAGUGCGAAAUUAAAUUUGUUAUCUAAGGAAAAUAUGAUCGCACCCACAGCAUAUUUAGCUCGUAAAUUGGAAGAAACGGGCAAUUGCGAUGUUAAUCUGGAUAUUGGAGAUCAUUGUUAUGCAAAACUAUUAGAAAGUAAUGUGUGCAUACAAUAUCUGAGAGAAAAAAUCGUUUUCUAAUAUUUUCUCUAAUUUUAUAACAGAUGAGUCUGAUAAAAUUUUCGCGCACAUACAGAUUAUGGAAGCACCGUUGGCUGUAUAGCUUAUGAUGGACAUACUAUUGCUGCAGGAAUUACAAGUGGUGGUUCUAAUGGAAAAUUAGUGG